UGUCUGCAAGCAUUGAGCUGCCUGGCGCCAUCCUGAAAGAAUGCCUUCACUGUAAAAAAAAAUAUAAAAAAAACAGAGAAAGAGCGAGAGAGAGAGAGAGACAUACACACACUGGGACGGAGAGAGUUCAGAGAGAGCUAUAGAGAGUGGGCGAGAGAGCUAGAGAGAGAGCGAGAGAGAGAGAGUGAGGGAAGCGAAGUAAGUGGAGAGGGUUGCCGCUGCGCACAAACAGAGAUUUGAUCUGUGAGUUCGGUGCUAGUCCGCUUGCACUAAGCUACCUACUGCAAACAAGGCUGCGUCUAAACAUAUACCUCUGCAACUUGUUGAAUCGGCUUAAUAAUAGAAACUUUGUCAGGGAAAAGUUUAGGAACUUUUGAGUGGGACUGGAUACGACCUUGGACUUAUUCAUGACAACAUUCAAGUGAAACAUUAUUUUUUGAAUGUAUGUUUUGAACACUUUUGUUUUAUUUAUUAUACGGGCAUAUUCACGUUAAUGUGAAUCCCUGCCAAAUAAUCUCAUUUGAAUAGAAAAUAACAUCUACAUAGGGGGAACAACAUAUUUUUUUAAAUACAUUUUUAUUUUUUAUUUCCAGGUGAACGAAGGUAACGAAGAACGAAACGGUGGAUUAAACAAAGCAGGAAUUCGGACAGAUUUUUUUCUUACUUGACUUGAAUCGGUUCACUCCGGUGUAUAUGAACGUUUGCUAAAAAGCUAUGGAAGUAUCCGCGGACCAACCCCGAUGGAUGAGCCAUCACCACCCAUCGGUGCUAAACGAACAGCAUCCAGGCUCGCACCACCCGGGCCUCGGCCACUCGUACAUGGACCCCUCGCAGUAUCCCCUUGCCGACGAUGUGGAUGUACUGUUUAAUAUCGACUCACAGGGCAACCACGUAUCUCCAUACUAUGGGAACUCAGUCAGAGCCGUCCAGAGGUAUCCACCUCCUCCACAUAGUAGUCAGGUGUGUCGCCCCUCUCUACUGCACGGCUCUCUGCCGUGGCUGGACGGAAGCAAAGCGAUGCAGCACCACAGCACUUCCCCGUGGAACCUGAGUCCUUUCCAGAAGAGCUCACUGCACCACGGUUCCCCGGCAGGUCUCUCUGUCUACCCUUCGGCGUCCUCCUCCUCCCUGUCCGGGGGCCACUCCAGCCCGCACCUCUUCACCUUUCCCCCCACUCCUCCGAAAGACGUGUCCCCGGACCCAGGCAUCUCCACUCCGGGCUCAAGCAGCAACAGUCGCCAACAGGAGGAGAAAGAGUGCAUAAAGUACCAGGUGUCCCUGGCCGAGAGCAUGAAACUGGAGUCUCACAGCCGGAGCAUGGCAUCAAUCGGAGCGCAAUCCUCCGCCCACCAUCAUCACCCCAUCGCCACAUACCCAUCCUAUGUCCCCGAAUACGGCCCAGGCCUCUUCCCACCAAGUAGCCUGAUAGGUGGGUCAUCUUCUAGUUAUGGUUCCAAAACAAGACCAAAAACAAGGUCAUGUUCAGAAGGUAGAGAGUGCGUUAACUGUGGAGCUACGUCGACCCCGCUCUGGAGGCGGGAUGGCACUGGUCACUAUUUGUGUAACGCCUGCGGACUCUAUCACAAGAUGAACGGGCAGAAUCGGCCCCUCAUCAAACCCAAGCGACGACUGUCUGCAGCAAGACGCGCAGGAACAUCAUGUGCAAACUGUCAAACGAGCACGACAACACUGUGGCGAAGAAACGCCAACGGGGACCCCGUGUGUAACGCUUGCGGUCUAUACUACAAACUGCACAAUAUCAACCGACCUCUCACCAUGAAGAAGGAGGGCAUUCAGACCAGGAACAGGAAGAUGUCCAGCAAGUCGAAGAAGAGCAAAAAGUCCCACGACAGCAUGGACGACUUCUCCAAGAGCCUGAUGGAGAAGAGCAGCUCGUUCAGCCCCGCCGCUCUGUCCCGCCACAUGUCCUCCUUCCCCCCCUUCUCACACUCCGGCCACAUGCUGUCCACCCCCACGCCCAUGCACCCCUCCUCCUUCGCCCCUCACCCCCACUCCAGUAUGGUCUCUGCCAUGGGCUAGAAGACCCCAACGGUACCACCCACCUCCCAGAACCCCUCAACCAACCCCCCCCCCCCAUCCUCUUACUCCCAGUUCUUUUUCGCUUACCUGAAUCCCAAGCUGAAAGACAACCAAACUGCUCUCUGCUGCCCAUAACCAACCGCUCUGCUCCAUCACCAAGCCGCCUAUGAUCUGACCUCAUUGUGAGGGAGACAGGCUUUAUGGGUCCUUGCUUUUGUUCAGUUGUCUCUUUUUUAAUCUUUAUCAAGUGUAUCUACUGCAAUCCUCAAAGCCUGGCAGACUGACUCACUGACUGUGGUUUUCCGACUCCUCGGAAGACCACAUAGUUGUUCUCCGACCCAACCUGGGAGAAAAGAUCCUGAAGCUUCACCCACUCCCUGACUGACCUCCCAGCUGAUAACCCCCAACCUGGAAACCCAUUUGUGUUCAAACAUUUUUCAUGGGAAAAGCAAAGAUUAUUAACAAUCAUUACAAAAACUACACCUUUUAUGAUGCCCCCCUCCCCUUCCCACCCUACUUCACACACCUGUAUGACAGGACCCCCCCCACCCCUGAGCCGUGAGAAGAAGAGAGGAGAUUAACUUUGAAUAUAUUUGUACAAAUUGUAUGAAAUACAGUACAUUUAACGAAUACUUUUUAAUUAAGUAAAAUGCCCCUGGGCAGCUAACGACAGAAGGGUACGAGUCAAGGCAAGAAGAGACACUGCCGCUGGAGAGUAGAGGAAGAGAGGACGCCUCUGCUUCCUGGAGAGAGGGAUGAAAGGGAGGAGAGGAAAGAACAGAUAAAAGGACAGGCCUUCACUUUCGCCUGCUGGAGAACAUGUUUGAUGCAUUAAGCUUCUAGAGAGUCUAUUGUUCUGACUGCAGGCGUCUCUUUUUUGGAUGUGCUAUAGGUCUCGGGCUGUUGGUUUGUGUUCACAUGCUAGCACAUACACACACAUAUUCACACGUCAUACUUUCACAUACACACACAAACACACACUGCCACAUUGGAUCACCUGAAAGACUUUCUUCCGGCCCACAGAUUAUAUGCAUUGUGAAAAAAGUUCCUGUACUUGUUAUUUGUAUGUAUAAUUCAGAGUACCAAAAAUACGAAAGAAACAAAGAUGUAGAAUUAUUUCUUUAUGUUAUGCAGACUGAAUGGUUGUAAAAAUUUAAUAAUAAUCACUAGUGUAAAAAAUGACUGCUUUUUUGUUUCGUAAUUAUUAUUAUUUUCUUUGAAAAGAAUAAACUAGUUUAAUCUCUGUUGACAU